UGCUGUGUAUUAUUUUAUUUUAAUCCUUGUCAAAAGUUGCGCUCUUCUCUUGUAAACGUAUACCUAUACAUACAUAAUGAAUGAAGCUGGGCCUUUGCCACCACCUUGUAGUACACCACAGGAUAUCCACCCUGUAGCCGUCAAGGGAUUCAGUCAGGAAGGACAAUAUGACCGUAAACGUCCGGCAUAUACCGACUCGGCCGUGGAUUUGAUUAAGGAUUUACUAUUGUCGGAGGGAAAGGAGGAAAACAAAGACAAUCCAGGCAUCUACGAUGUGGUAGAAGUUGGCAGCGGAACUGGCAAGUUUACCCUCAGUUUUCUUGACCGGAUUGAAAAGCCAAUAAAAUAUCUGGCAACGGAGCCACUGGGUAAUAUGCUUGGAGUUAUCAAAGAGAAGCGGCCCGAAGUGUUCACCCUGCAGUGUGCAGCACAUGAUCUACCUCUUCCUGACGCUUCUGCUAAGAUGGUUAUAGCGGCCCAGUGCUUUCAUUGGUUUUCUGACUUGUCCAGCCUCACACAAAUACACAGAGUGUUGGAACCUGGUGGGAAACUAGUUCUCAUAUGGAACAAAAGAGAUGUCUCCGUACCGUGGAUUGGCGACUUGGGGGACCUUUUAGAGGACAUCCACACCAAAUGCAACACAGCACGUCAUCAAAAUCAGGCUUGGAAACGAAUUUUUGACACAUACGCUGGAUUUGAGGAACUAAAUCACGUUUCUCUACCAGGACCAUCAAUAAAAGGAAGCGUAGAAGAAAUCCUGGCUUACUUUUCGACGAUAAGCGUGCUGUCCAUAUCAGAAGAAAACAUGGCAGUUGUGUCUGAGUUCAUCAAAAACCAUCCAGAUUUACAAGGACAGGCAGAAAUCACCAUACCGUUUCGUACAGAUAUCUACUGGUGCAGUAAGAAGAUAUGAGGACCUGUGGUCUGUGUAAACCUGAAAAUGGCCUGUGCAUUAUCCUAAGUGGCAUUGACAGGAUAAAAAGAGAUUGUAUAAAACGUCAUUGCUUUGUUAAAAUAAAAUAAAAUACGUUAAAAUAAUUAAAGCCGAUUCAUAUGUGAGUCAAGAGCUGAGCGGCGAGCGGUGGAUGUCUUUCAAUUGCUAAAUCAGUAUAUAGAGAUGGGUUCGAUGUCAUUCUUGGAAAGAGAAAUUUUCCCUCGUUUUGUAGUGUU